AUGGAAGGAGAGAGUUCAAAGACAUACGAGGAUUUUGAAGCUGAGGAUUUGGAAGUUGUAGAGUCAACCGAUCCUGAUUGGCUGACAAUUCCGAAAUGCCGAGGAAAUAUUGGAAGGCUGUUUGAGUACAACAAACCUAAGCCGGCUCUCAUAAAAGGAGAACUUUACGCUUCAGUAGAAAGUCUUCCAACUUUUGUCCUGGAAGAUGAUCGACCUGAUUGGAAAUGUCUAGUCUGUUUGUGUAGUGGUGAAAAGGGUGAAGAAUUGGUUGAGUUUCCGUGCCGAGAACACCAUCUCCACCUUGAGUGUGGGAAGCGAUUGCUUAAAAGUGACAACAAGUGUCCACACUGUCACAAGGAGAUGUUAACAGGCAACGCUGCCUAUGAUAGCUGGCUAAUUAAAAAGGAUGAAGAGGAAUAA